UAUUCCGGCCUUUAUCCAGAUUCCAGACACAGCUUCUGCUUCUUCUGCCGCAGAACAAGCAAAAGAAAGAAAGACCACAAGCUUAAAAAAAAAACAUGGGUUGCUCCGCAACUUUAACGUUGUCUUUCGGUUUCAGAAUUUCCCCAUUAUGCCCUCCUUCUUCUUCUUCUUCUUCGACUCGUUCCUCUCACGCCUCAAUCAAGCUCGCUUCAUUCAACAACAAGUUGAGCUCACUCAGACUCAGUUCCUCAAAUUCCAUUUCUGGGUUCGGCUCCUUUUUUCCUCACAACAACAACAACAACCUCUGCACAAUUCCUCAGAGACCUCGCUCUCUCACCAUUGUCUCUGCCAAAGGCUACAAAAUGAAGACCCACAAGGCGUCAGCAAAGCGAUUCAGGGUGACGGGUAGAGGGAAAAUAGUUCGGAGGGGAGCUGGAAAGCAACAUUUGCUGUAUAAGAAGAACUCCAAGAGGAAAUUGCGUCUCUCCAAAAUGCAAGCAGUUAGCCGGAGUGACUAUGACAACGUGAUUGGUGCCUUGCCGUAUCUGAAAGUAAAUAGAAAGGCAAAGUAAAUAUGAUGCUUACAUGUUAUGAGAGGGACCUAUCUGGUAUGUAAGAUGUUGAUUUCUCUCACUUGCGUGAAAGACAAGCGAUUGAUUGCAUCCUCCCAAGCAAGUUUAGGGUAGUUGGUUUUCCAUCCCCUGGAAUUUCUAUCUAAUUCGAUCAUAUUAAAACUUAUUUUCUGCCUUCUUUAACCCUCACAGCUUGCGUACUCAUUACUUGAAUUUGCUAGAGAAUGAUGGUUAUUUUUUUCUGCA